AUGGCUAGCGCUUCAGCGUUACAAUUCAAUGUGGAAGCAGAAUGCAGUACAACAAAAGCUCGCACUGGUUUAAUGAAAUUGCCUCAUUACAAUGUAAGGACACCAGUGUUUAUGCCUGUUGGAACGCAGGGUACUAUGAAAGGCUUGCUUCCAGAGCAAUUAGAAGACCUGGACUGUGAAAUUAUUCUUGGCAACACUUACCAUUUAGGGAAUCGCCCUGGAAUAAAUGUUUUACAAAAAGCUGGGGGUUUGCACAAUUUCAUGGGGUGGAAGAGGGCACUGCUCACUGACUCAGGAGGCUUUCAAAUGGUAUCUUUACUUAAAUUGGCAGAGAUAACUGAAGAAGGUGUCAAAUUUAGAUCACCAUAUGACAAUUCUGAAAUUAUGUUAACACCCGAAAAGUCUAUUGAAAUACAAAAUUCUAUUGGUGCCGAUAUCAUAAUGCAACUAGAUGAUGUAGUAAGAACUACCUUUCAAGAUUAUGAUCGUAUAAAAGAGGCAACAGAAAGAACCAGUAGAUGGCUAGACAGAUGUUUAAAAGCACAUAAAAGGCCUUUUGAUCAAAGCAUAUUUCCAAUCGUACAAGGUUUACUUAAUAAGGACUUAAGGAUACAAAGUGCCACAGAACACAUGACAAAACAAGUUAAUGGCUUUGCAAUUGGUGGUUUAAGUGGUGGAGAAGCAAAGGAUGAUUUCUGGCCUAUAGUAACCCUGGGCACUGAUUUGUUACACAGAGAUAAACCACGUUACCUAAUGGGGGUAGGAGUUGCAAUAGACUUAGUGAUAUGUGUUGCACUUGGUGUAGAUAUGUUUGAUUGUGUGUUUCCAACACGAACUGCAAGAUUUGGGUGUGCUUUAGUUACAAGAGGACAACUAAAUUUAAAACAAAAACAAUAUGAAACCGACCUCAAUCCCAUUGACAAAGACUGUAAUUGCUCAACUUGCAAAACAUAUACCAGGGCAUAUUUACACUGUGUAGUUUCAGUAGAAACUGUUGCAUGUCACUUGAUAUCAGUUCAUAAUAUUUCAUUCCAGAUGCAUUUAAUGAAAACCAUGAGGGACAAUAUUAAAAAUGGGACAUUUCCCCAAUAUGUGAAAACAUUUAUGAAGGAAGUUUAUAAUGAUGGAAAAUAUCCAACUUGGAUAAUUAAGUCUCUCUUAUCAGUGGGAAUAAAUAUACUUGAAAACUGA